AUGAUGUCCACAAUAGACGUGUCUUCCAUAUUAUGCGAAGAGAUAUUAUCGUCAAAGAUAUUCUUUCCGAAAUUACUCGUGAUGGCGAGAGAUAUUGUGGAUUCCUCACUCGAUCAGGAAAUGCCGAAUCUCUCAAAUGAAGAUUCCCCCAAAUGUGUCAUGAUUAUGGAGGAGUCAAGUGGGAAAGAAGCCCCUUGUUCGGACACGAGAAUUUUCGAGAUACCGCGAUGUGCUGAUCGGGUCACGCCCGAGCCGUCAACCAAUUCUAAUACUUCAUCUCUAUAUUUGUCUCCGAGCUCCAUGGGCACUGCUUCAUUGCUGUCGGAGGACUUCGAGAAUUCGGCUUCAUGUUCCGAUGGUGAUCCAGAUCAGGAGGUGGAUCCGGUAGCAAGUAGCUCGCGAAGGAAUUCGUUCAUCGAGCCGCCGAAUAUUUUACCAUGUAACAGUCAAGACUAUCAGUUUUCUUCGCAAGUUUCCAACGAAACCGGCAUUCACAAAAGUGAGGAGGAGAUCGCAUUGCCUGACAAUCCUUCAGAACUUAUUACAUCUCAUUUGGUCGCUUUUGAACACCAUUCGAAAACAUUCGCUGCGACACAGUCGCCGAAGACCGAUUGUAAAUCCGAAAUCCCGAAGAAAAUGAGUGUUGUGAUGAAUGCUAGUCCGAUGAAGGAAAAAAUUGAUUCAAAAAAAGAUGAUAGGAAGAUAAACGAAAUUUCGCAAGAAAUUUCCAAGUGCAAGAGCCUCCCCCAACUCAAUAAGUCCAUUGUGCCGCUAAUGUCGCAAACUGUCCAGAGAAAAGCACACGAAGAUAAAGUCAAGAUCAAGGAUAGGUCGAGAUCGGUCGGAUCUUCUUCGUCCGUACGUGUUCGUAAGUUGUCGGAGAAGGGAAUGAUUGAACAGAUAUUCCCUGUUUUUGAUCCACUCAUGAAAGACAUCUGGGACUUCAACAACUUUUCACCAGUUAAACAUGUCAAACGUGCGACAGGGAUACGGAAUACUACGCAACAUUGUUUCAUGAUUUCAGUAAUGCAAACGUUAGUGCACACGGCACCAUUUGUGCGUUUCAUCAUGGAGAAACAUAAUCAUAAUAAUGGUGUACCAGUUGAACGGUGCUUUUGUUGUGAUUUGAAGCAGCACGUUCAUCGAGUUCUGCGUAUAAGGAAUAUCCCUCACAGAAUGGAUUGGAUCCUUGUACACUGGAAAAAAUUGUUCGGUGCUGAGUACUUCACGACACAAGAAGAUGCUCACGAAUUUUUGCUGAAAGUUCUAGAAUUGAUUGAUAGAUGUUGCUGCCCACCCACGUCGUCAAUUGAUGCAAUACCGAAGGAGCCUUCGCCACCGAUGGUCCAACUAUUCGGUUUCAAGCUCAGAUAUCAAAUGGUUUGUUCCACUUGUGGGACGUGUUCCGUGAGCUAUGCACUUCACAACGAUCUCUCUCUUCAUCUCCCCAGACAGGAUUAUGUGAGAUUUCCUCCAAACAUGCACCAACUAAUUGCGAUUUACAUGAAGGAUGAAGUUCUGGAAUACGCAUGUCCAAAUAAGAAAUGUCAUGGGAAGUAUGCAAGAAGGACGCCAUUCAUUUUCCGUUCACCGUCUGUACUUAUCCUUCAAGUAAAGCGCUUCCUCCACAACGGCAGGAAGAACGGCAUGAAAGUGAACGUGGAGGAACACCUUUCUCUCGAUCAAUUUACUUACUCCCAAGGUGGUAAUGAAAAUUACGAGCUGACUGCUGUUAUCUCUCAUCAAGGGAAUAGACAGUACACUGGCCAUUACACCGCACUUGUGCGUGGAUACGACCGCAAAUUCUAUCAUUUCAAUGAUGAAUUUGUGAAUGAGCAGCGAUUACUGACGGCAGAUCUGUGCCCAUAUUUAGUGGUAUACAGUCGCCGAGGACCUCAGGACCGUAUUUUUGCCUCGCCCACGAAAUCCAACGUCUGUUUACCCGUUCAGAAAGCACCGUCGCUAACACCAAAUUCAGCUAAGGAACAGUUAGCGAGAAAAGUUAAUGUUGAUGCUGUUCCUCCUGUUAGUAAUCCUGCGGUAAUCCACCCAGCCACGAAGGUUGCUGUGCCACGUAAACUGGAGACGUACUUCAAGAAGAUUAAUGUCGCAGAAUCGCAAUGGAAGACGGAAAUAGGACAGCAAAAUAGUAGAAGUAUACAGGCUGAUGGAUACGCUGGACUCGGAAGAAAUAUCAUGAGUGCUAUCGGAUUCGGUGUGUCGAAAAUGAGGCAGACAAAUUAUAUCGAGGCGAGGUUCAAUGGCAGUCGUUCAUUUGGGUCAUCUGACACGGAUACCCUUCUACAGGCUAUUGAAAGCAUCACAGCAAAUAUGAGCAAACGCCGAAUCGGUUCCACAAUGAAGUCUGGACAUCAGCAAAACCAUUAUAGUUUCUGUAAAUCCUCCCCCAAUGAGGAUGACGCUAGGAAGAAACCUAGAUUGGGCGUAGCUACGACAGUGAGAUUGGCGGGACAUCAGGUAAAACGCAGCGGAACGAUCUGCUGUCACUUUUGA